GGCACACCUAGAGCCAAUAGCUUCCUGAAAGCCAGCUCCCUGAAGGAGGCUGGACGGGAGAGGAAUGAGGCCAACUGGAGCAGCUGUCCUCGCUGCCUCUGUACUCCUGGUCAUUCAGGCCUCGGAGGCCAUUCUCCCUGUAGCCUCCAACUGUUGCACAGAAGUAUCCCAUCAGAUUUCUAGAAGACUUUUAGCAAAAGUGAAAAGAUGUCACAUUCAAAGAGCUGAUGGAGUUUGUGAUCUACCAGCUGUCAUCCUCCAUGUCCAUCAUCGAAAAUUCUGUGUCAGCCCACAUAAUCACACUCUUAAGACAUGGAUGAAAAUGCAAAAGAACAAGAAAGAUGCAAAAGGAAAUAUUUGUAAUAGGAAGAAACACCCCCACAGGAAGAAGAGGAGGAGCGAAGUGACAGAGCAAAGACAGCAUCAUAAACAUGGACAGAAAACUCCUAAUAUUAGCAAAUGGGCUUCCCUGCAAUGAACCUGGCAAGUGACUGGUUGUAAGGAUUUACCCAAAUUAUCCAGAGCCAAAUGCUUACUAUUAGAAACCAACAGCUCCCCAGGAGAAAGAAACAACAAACAGCUGUUUUCUGCAAUACACUAAGUAGCUAGUAAUAAUUGCAGAUAGGAAAACAGAACAUGAAAACAAAGAUGUUAUGUGUCUUAGGAGUAGAGGAGAGACAUUUUUUUUAAUGGGGAAAUUGAUACCAGAUAAUAAAUUAAA